AUGUCCGAAUCUGCAAGACAGUUCGCGUUGCAGAUCACGGAUAUUCUGGAGGAAAUUGUCGAGCACCUUGCACCAGGCAAAGAGUGCACAUCCGGAGACCAGCAGCAGGAUGUUUCUGCUCUCACCCGGGUCUCUAAAGCGUUCCACAUCCCCGCCACUAACGCGCUCUGGGCUCGGCUCCCUUCCUUGCAUCCUCUCCUACUACUCCUUCCGGAAUACGACAGACUGUAUCAAGCCCAUUGUAAAGACAAGCCAUUUAACAGACUGACAAGCGUGCGUCUCUCUGAGCCCAUCAGCCCGGAAAUAUGGGCACGCUUCCGCGAUCGCGCGGUCCUCGUUCGUAGGCUUGCGGCAGGUUAUGACACCCUCAGUAUUUCGCGCCUCGCACGCCAGACCUUGGCGCGUCUCUCUUCUCUCGACGGAGGCGCUGGGCCACUCCUCCCCUCCCUGCAGGCAAUCAUAUCAUGGCGGUCUAUGGAGACAUGCGAAGACCUUGUGCCCCUGGCUUCUCCUUUGCUACGGGUACUCUCUCUUCGUCAUGUUGGGACCGAGGACGACGAUAGGGCGGACGGCGACUACGCAGAAGACGAUGAAUCUGGAAGUAUAGGUGAAGCGAAAAUCGACCUCGAUGAAGCGCAACACGAUAACGUAGACCAGUGGCCACUUACUAUACAGAACAUGUUCGCAAACGCUCCGGGGCUCACCAAGCUGGACUUGAACGACAGCAACGGCGAACUCUUCGCCCGGGUUGCCCCUGAAGCGUUCUACCAACUCAGGACAUUGCGGUUUUUUGUGAACCAAGCAUCGGAUAUGGCCCCGGACGAGUUGUACCCCACCGCUGAAGCACUUCGAGCACUCUCGACCCUGCCCGUACUCCAACAUCUUCGGAUGGAGCUCGACGUGGAUCGCUAUGAUCUCGAAUUUGUGGGGUUCCCAUCACUCGCUGAGCUGGCUAUCGUCGACUGUGGACGCGGCGACACUGCAUGGUUCCUCACGAGGUGCUCUUCGCCCCACUUGCAUACACUCACCAUCAACCUGACGAACCUGUACUUCCACCUCUUUCGGUGGGAGCACCUACUACCUCUGUGCUCCGCCAUCGCUGGAAGUGCGCCCCAGCUGUGCGACCUGAGCCUAUCUUUCCGCCACUUCCACAGCAGUCCUGAAUUGUCGCCCGAUAUGCUCCUCACGGCGGCGCGCCCACUCUUGGCCCUUCGCGACCUCACCGACCUAUCCCUCUGGUUCGAUCACGGGGAAAUCAUACUGUCGGAUGCGGUCCUGGAGUCGUUCGCGGAGGCCUGGCCCGCACUCGUCAGUCUCAGAAUCUGCUUCCGCAUGCUGCGGCAAAGCGUCCGACCCGGCGCUCCCCCCAUCGAGUGCCCGAUAACCGUCACCCUACGCUGCUUCCGUGCCUUCGCCAGACACUGCCCGCACCUGAAGAGCCUGCACAUCCCGCACCUGUACGUCACGGUUGAUGACUGCGCGGACGAUACGGACGGGGAUGGCUCCGAACACGCGCCAGACCACCGGCUCCUGGAGCUGGCUGUGUGCCGCGCGUACAUCGAUAUCAUGGAGUCAGGUGCACGGUGGUGCGCUUGGGCACUCAACCGCAUCUUCCCGCACCUCGACGUCAACGGCUCUCGCGACCUGUAUGUGCGUCGAUCGCACAGCGGCCAACAUCUGUUACGAGAGAAUAUCCGGGCAGACGAGCCCUUUGUCGAAGCCUGGCUGAGCAUGUUGGAUGCUCUCGAAGGAUACCAAACAUUCGUGCCGGACGUACCAGAGUCCAGCUCCCUUGACGAUCUGCAGUGCGACUCGUCGGGUGAGUGA